AUACAUACCAUAUAUGGAAGUCAAAGUUUAGCGCCUCUGUAAAUGUAUGUUUCUAGGUAUUUAGUAAAAAACCUAUAAUAUUUCUGAUAUGCUUCAUUAUUUUUGAUACAGCCCCAGCCCAUAUCGGCUAUUGAGGAUUUUAGUCAUGUCAUUGUUAACCGGGACGAUGACGUUACAAGCAAUGUGGUCAUAUUUAUGCAAGGUGACAAAGUUGUGAAAUUUUCGAUGGAGGACCGCGAUGCAUGUGAAUUUUCAUUAGUUUUGGCUGGGUAUUAUCGAUUGCUGACAGGGAAAAGGCUCCCAUUAGAGCGAGAAAAGGAACAAAAUGAUGAAGACAACGCACCUUCAUAUUUAUCACAACACACUGUAUUGCCCGCAGCUUGGAGCUAUUUGUUGCCUUUACAUAAUAGAGCGCACAGCAUAAACUUUCUCAUGACACCACCAUAUCAUCCGACAAAUAAAAAGGAGAAGUUGUCUGCUACUGAAAGUCCAGAUGCAAUCGGACCGUCUGACGUUAACUACUCCAGCAUUACGGAUAUUAAACCAAAACCAAAGAGCGUUUCAUUUGUUAGUAACGCUGCGAUGGAUCUGGAUAUUCACAGUGUUAUGGCGACAGAGUUACUAGAGGAAGCAAAGGAUUCUGGCAUGAGCGAUAGUAGUGGAGGUGGAAGUAAUUAUUGUGAGCAAUCAAACUGCUCGAAUACAAAUGAUUUUAUUGAGGCUAAAAAUGAAGAGGUGCUUCGGCGCGUGCAUGAAAUGCAGAAAAUGGUGGAAAACUCUGAACAGUAUUUGAACGAACAAUGCGAGUACGUUCAAGAUUUUGCUACCCGCCAGAAAUCAUCUGGGAACUUUAAUUAUUUCGGCCGAAUAAAUUCAUGGCAAAAUGAUUUGUUAAAUGCGGAACAAAUCGCGAACAAAUGGGGCGGUACAAUAGA